CCCCCCGGGGGCACGCACGAAACUCCUCGUCUUCUUCCGCUAUUACUAUUCUCCCUCCUCUUUGCGUCUCUCCGCCUCCGCCUCCGCUUCGACCUACCUCUCCUCCUCGCGUUCGCUUCUCCCCCCCUCUCCCCCUCCCUCUCCCGCGACGAGGCGGGAGGCAUGGAGGCGCGCGCGCGGGGGCGGGAGGCGGGGGAGGGAGGUUGGGGCGGAGGCGGAGGUGGCCUGCCGCUCGCCGUGCGGGAGCUCGUCGCCGGCGGGGUGGCGGGGGGAGUCGCCAAGACGGCCGUCGCGCCGCUCGAGCGCGUCAAGAUCCUCUUCCAGACUAGAAGAGCAGAAUUCCAUGGUUCUGGAUUAAUUGGAUCAUUUCGAACAAUCUCUCGAACAGAAGGGCUUUUAGGGUUUUACAGGGGAAAUGGAGCCAGUGUUGCUCGGAUUGUUCCUUAUGCAGCUUUGCAUUAUAUGGCCUAUGAAGAAUACAGACGAUGGAUCAUUCUUGGUUUUCCUAAUGUUGAGCAAGGCCCUAUUCUUGAUCUAGUGGCUGGAUCAAUAGCUGGUGGAACAGCUGUCAUAUGCACAUACCCUCUUGAUCUAGUUCGCACAAAGUUGGCUUAUCAGGUUAAAGGUGCAGUGAAACUUAGUUUAAGAGAAUAUAAGCCCUCUGAACAGGUUUAUAAAGGGAUCCUUGAUUGUGUCAAAACAAUAUACAGACAAAAUGGGUUAAGAGGCCUAUAUCGUGGCAUGGCUCCAUCGUUGUAUGGAAUCUUCCCUUACUCUGGUCUUAAAUUCUACUUUUACGAGACUAUGAAGACUUAUGUACCUGAAGAGCACAGAAAAGAUAUCAUUGCAAAACUUGCCUGUGGAUCUGUGGCUGGUUUGUUAGGGCAGACAAUAACAUAUCCCCUUGAUGUUGUUAGGCGGCAAAUGCAGGUUCAGGCCUUUUCAUCAUCCAACCUAGAAAAGGGAAAAGGAACAUUUGGAAGCAUUGCUAUGAUAGCAAAACAUCAAGGUUGGCGGCAACUGUUCUCAGGAUUAUCUAUCAACUAUUUGAAGGUGGUCCCAUCAGUAGCCAUAGGGUUUACAGUUUAUGACUCAAUGAAGGUUUGGCUUAAAGUUCCAUCGAGAGAGGACACGGCUAUUGCUGCGCUGACAGAAGAAAGAAGUAAUGCAGCCCCUGCUCACUCCAGUUAGUACAAAUCAUACUCUUUUGGUGGUGCAAUCCCCUUCAUUGCCUUGAUAUUUUCGGCAUGUAACAUAGCAUUAUUUCUUGGGGCUGUUGUACCACCACAAUUCUUAGGCUCAUCCAACAUAGUGCAGAAAAUAAUUCGGCCUUCAAUAAGCCCAUAAGCGGCAUGGUCACGGAUGCCUAAAGAUUGGCAUUUGACUAGAGAUAGAAUUCUUUGCUGAUUCUAGGGGAAUUUCACAAUGUACAGAUUCUGUAUAUAAUUGAAUACAGCUAGUAGCUUGUAUCUAACUGAAAGCUUAGUAAAUUCACAAUCCAGAGCCUUUCACCAAUAUCUGUACACUGACUCUUUUUAAAGACAACUCUGUUAGUAUUUCCUUCAGCAGGGGCUGAGAAUGAGAUUUCCUGUUGCCAUAGGUAGGUUUCUAGGAGUAGGUUGAUAGGUUUGAGUGUUUGCUUGCAGUUUUUGCCUGAAGUACAUGCAUCUAUCAUGCCUUGCUUUCAGCACCUUGUUGGAUUCUUGCAACACGGCUCCUGUUGGGCUUGAGCUAAGAUUCUUGCAAAAAUUCAGAUUCCUUGACUUUGUGGCCUCUGCUUGUA